AGCAGCGACGGUCUUACUUGGAUUGCACGUUGUUUUGAAAAUCCCCACCUGAUCUGAUACGCUAAUGUUUUGAUAACUCUUCUCUGCAGCGAUGGCGAAUACUUACUUCGAUGAAUAUGAAAACUUGGAGAUCCACGAACUCAUGCUGAAGGAUCGGCCUCGACAAGCCGCCUACUACAAUGCGAUUCUCGGGAACAAGGAUCUGUUCAAAGAUAAGAUCGUAAUGGAUGUAGGUGCCGGCACUGGGAUUCUGUCCGCCUUCUGUGCGAAGGCGGGAGCCCGUUUGGUCUACGCCGUGGAAGCAUCCAAUGUGGCCACUAAGGUCGCCCUGGAUCUGAUCGAAGAUAAUGGACUGACGAACGUGGUGAAGGUGAUUCAAUCCCGGGUCGAGGAGUUCGUGCUGCCCGCCGAGGCGGACAAGGUGGACAUCAUAGUUUCCGAGUGGAUGGGCUUCUACCUGCUGCACGAGGGCAUGUUAGACUCCGUUCUGCUGGCCCGAGACAACUUCCUCAAGGAGGGCGGUCUUCUGUUUCCCAGCGAGUGCACCAUUUUCGUGGCGCCCUGCUCGGUGCCGUCGCUCUUCGACGAUUGGCACAGUGUGGAUGGCAUAAAAAUGGACACUUUUGCCAGCAAGUUGCGAGCCCAGAAGUCGGCCAGACCGGAGAUCACCCAUCUGAAUCCGCAGGACCUUCUCCACGAGGGCGUCGUCUUUCAUUGGAUGAAUCUGCUCGAUGUGCAGCACAGCGAAUUGGACAGCAUCCAGUUCAAGGAGGUUGUGACGGCCCAGAAGGCGGGGAACCACCAGGGCUUCUGCAUUUGGUUCGAUGUGCGAUUCCCUGGCGAAGAUUCAGUUCUGAGCACAUCCCCACUCUCCCCGCCAACGCAUUGGAAGCAGUGUGUGGUCGUGCUGCCCGAGGAGUCCUGCGAGAAUCUGGAGGAAAAGUCACCAAUAGCCUUUCAAAUCACCAUGAAGCGUAGUGCGGCUGACAUGCGCAAGUACAACCUGGAGGUGGAUCUGCUGGACCCCAACACAGAGGAGCACCCAGUGCCGUGCUCCUGCCACAUGACCAAAUGCAUUCUGACGGAAGCACACCUAAAAAUGAUGGACACCUCAUGAGUUCAUGCAACGAACUGUGGGGAAAUCAAUUUAUUUAACAUUUUAAUACAAAUACAAUAUAUAUCUCAGUCAAACUUAA